CCGAGCAUACUCACAGGAGCCAACUGCCGCUGUCAGCUGAAGCAGCAGCACUCCAACCAGCUCGACAUCCGGAAGGCACGAAAGUCAAUUUGAGAGCGCAACAUGAAUCGAUUCAAGACAUCCAAAUACAAAAACACCACUCCGAAAAUUGCCAAGAAAGAUGAAUGGAUCAACAAUGUUCGUGGUGGUUCCUUUUCCUGCCAGGGGAACCACAUCAAAGCAAGCUCCAAGUUGGUGGCUUUUAAUACAGAGCAGGCUGGUGGAGGCAUGCUUGGUUUGACCUCAGUCAGACCUGGUUCUGAUGGACAAUGGACAGUCACGCAGAUUUCUUGCCAUUCUGAUCUUGUGACUGAUAUGGACUUUAAUCCGUUUGACGAUUGUAUCCUAGCCACCUGCUCCGCGGAUGAAACGGUGAAGCUGUGGCACUUGUGUGAUCCAGAGCACCAGCAGCCAAGCGAUCCGAGCCUGACGUUAAAUCCAGGUCAAGGGAGGCUGGAGCUGGUGCAGUUUCAUCCCACCUGCUCUGGCCUUCUUGCUGUUGCCACCACCAAGUCUCCUCUGAUUUGGGAUACCAGUCGAAAAGAUGCACCUCUAGCAGCUCUGGAACAACAUGGAGACCAGAUGCAGAGUCUGAGCUGGAAAAGGGAUGGCUCCCUGCUGGCAUCCUCUUGCAAGGACAAGAUGUUGCGGGUGUUUGAUCCCCGAGCCCAGCUGACACCUGUGCAGAGUUCCAAGAGCCUUCAAAGCAACAAGGAUUCUCGCAUCCUGUGGGCCAAGGAUGACCUUUUAGUGACCACUGGCUUUGAUAUGAUGCGUAGUCGUGAGGUGAGGCUUUGGGACAGCAGGAAGCUGAGCUCCUCUAUCAGUUCUGCGUCACUCGGCACCUCCAGUGGAAUGCUGAUUCCACUCUUUGAUGAAGACACUGGUCUGCUCCUCAUCACUGGCAUGGGAGAAACUGUGAUCGAUUGCUUUGAGAUUUCUUCCUCUGACCCUUCAGUCUCUCAAGUGAGCCACUGUCUGUUGGAUAAUUCAACUCGAGGGGUUGCCAUGGUUCCCAAGCUGGCGUUAGACGUCAUGUCAUGUGAAGUGAUGCGCGUACUUCAGCUGACUGACAGCUGCGUCGUCCCCAUCAGCUAUCAAGUUCCUCGCAAGAAUUCUGGCUACGAGUUUCAAGAAGACCUUUACCCAGACACUGCAGGAACAUCUCCUGCCAUGUCUGCCAAGGAGUGGUGGCAGGGAGGGAACAAGCAGGUGGAGAAAGUCAGCCUCCACCCAGACAAACGACCCAAACCCUCAGCAAAACAACUGCCUGCGAUGAAGGACAAAGCCAGUGAAGGGAGCAAAGAUGGCCAUCCUCGCGACAGCUCCACCUCUAGCAGCCCUCUGAGCACUCCGAGCAGCAGUGCUGUCCCUUCCCGCUCCCCUUCCUCCACCUCUGGUCUCUCCUCUGGCUUCCUCCCUAGUCCAAGUCAGGGUGCCAAAGCUAUCCAAAACCUAAUGGGGCCAACAUCCAAGUUCCGUCACAUCCAGGGAACGGUGAAGCACAAGGACACGCACAUCACCAACAUUCGCGGACUUAACCUGACUACGCCCGGAGAGUGCGACGGCUUCUGUGUCAACCGCCAGCGAGUGGCGGUCCCUCUCGCCAUCUCUGGAGGCCAGAUCGCUGUAUUUGAGCGCUCCCAGCCAGGGAAGUUACUAGACGCGUCCCUGCCCACCAUCCAGAACUCUGUGAAUGUGGCCGAUUUUGCUUGGGAUCCCUUUGACUCUCACAGACUUGCUGUGGCUGGAGACGAUGCUAAGAUCCGGGUGUGGCGGGUACCAGAGGGAGGGCUAAAAGAGACGCUAACUGAGCCUGAGCUCAUCUUGCAAGGGCACACAGAGAAGAUCUACUCCAUUAAGUUCCACCCUCUGGCCAGCAAUCUCCUGGUUUCUUCAUCAUAUGAUCUCUCCGUUAGACUGUGGAAUCUGGAGAGCAGAGAACAGGUCAAACUUCUCACCGGACACCAGGACCAGGUGUUUGGCGUGGCAUGGAGCCCUGACGGAAAACUUCUGGCCACAGUUUGCAAGGACGGGAAAGUCCGCAUUUAUGAUCCCCGCAGGUCCACUGAGCCUGUGCAGGAGGGUCCAGGUCCUGAGGGUCACAGGGGAGCUCGUGUGGUGUGGGUGUGUGACGGCAAGUACCUGCUGGUGUCAGGAUUUGACAGUCGCAGUGAAAGAGUGCUCUACCUGUACUCUGCAGAAUCGCUGUCCUCUGGGGUCGUAGCCAGCAUUCCUGUGAACGUUUCCCCCUCCACGCUUAUCCCGUUCUACGACCCCGACACCAGCGUUGUCAUCCUCACUGGAAAAGGCGACACCAGAGUCUACAUCUAUGAGGUAGCUCCUGAAGAGCCCUACUUUAUUGAGUGCAGCAGUUUUAACUCACCGGAGCCUCAUAAGGGAUUGGCUUUUCUGCCUAAGACUGAGUGCAACAUACGCGAUGUGGAGAUAGCCGUAGGACUGAUGCUUACCAAGACAACCAUAGAGCCUGUGGCCUUCAGAGUGCCCAGAGUCAAAAAAGAGUUUUUCCAGGAUGACCUGUACCCGGACACAGCUGUGUGGUGGGAGAGUGCCCUGACGGCCUCUGCCUGGCUCUCCGGCUCCAACGGCCAGCACAAGAAGAUCAGCCUGAAGCCCAAAGACAUGACGCCAUUGAGUGAGGCCCCCAAAGAGGCCCCAGUGAGGAAAUACCUGCCUUCAUCUGUUUACUUGGAGGAAAAAACUGAUGAGCAGAAAAAAGAGGAGCUGCUGAGUGCCAUGGUGGCUAAGCUGGGAAACAUGGACGACCCGCUGCCGCAGGAGUCCUUCCAGGGGGUUGAUGAGGACGAAUGGGAUGAUUAAAAGGGAAGCCAUGGUCUGCUUUCUGAUUCACGGUGCCAACAAAAGACAGGAGAGGAGAGCUCUAGAGAUGCCACUUCAGAGUUUUGGGAGAGAUGAUUGCAGCCCACUGAACACACAAAACCACAAAGCACAAUUCAAAAACAGAUAUCACACAUUCCUGUUCUAGUGCCGUAUGUGUUAACAUUGCAGAAAAUCUGAAUUUACAUGGUGUCGUUGAUGUUGUUAGUGAAAUAACCGCUUCUGUUUUUACUUAUGUGUCUUUUGGGGAUCUAUUUGAAUGAAAUAAUAACUGUUGUUUACUGUAUCAGGAAAAAAUGUCCUAACAUUACUAAAAUAAUUAAUGAAGACACUUUUAAUAACUAGAUAUCUUUCUUGCCACACUGACAGCAAACUGCAAAAGGUUUUUGUGCUCCUUUGGCUCCUUAACCAGAUCAAAUAAAAGAGAAAAUGAAUUGUUUACACAUUGGAAUAUGACAAUAGUCUGUAUUCAACCCUCAACUAUCAACCACCGCUCAUUUUUCAUACUGGUCACUCAAAAAAGCACAAACAGUAACAAAGUGAAGCCGCUUGUUCAAAUAAAUAAAUAAAAAUUCCACUUGGAUGUUUAUUUUAUGGUGUCUUAAUCAAAAUUUUGGUUGAAAAAAACAACUUUUAAUGCUUUAGGGACACAACAGGGUCAUCAAUUGUAAUGUUUGCUUAGGAACUGGAAUUUUAGGGACUUAUUUUAUGUUUUUCAAACUAACGCUCCAAUAAAAUGCCAACAUGGUUAUAUGUAACUGAACCAGGUAUUCCUUGAAUCUUGAAUAAAAGUUGGGAUCACAGGUUAAAACUAAUCUUUUUUGUGCUUUUAAAGCCAAAUUUUUACUGUUGUGAAGAUCUAAAAGAUGCCUUUUAAAAUGAUUGUUGCUUCUUGUUUACUGGGAAUGUAAUGACCUCUGUUGGUAUUCGGAUGCUUUCAUGGAUUUUCAUUCUAAAUGACCUAAUGUUCUUUUCUAACUUUAGUUACUAAUAUGUAAUCAUGGUGUUAGUUAGAUUGUAGGUAUUGAUAGCUUACUGUAAAUCCAUCAGGUAGUCUCUCCUCGGACUACAGCAAUGUAAUCAGUUUAUAGAUUUGAUCCGGUAACGUUUGUUUGCACUUUUUGGUGAACUUUGCUGAGCCUGCAGACUUAGCCUGCAUUUUUGUGCAAGUCAGAUUUGAAGUCAUGCAUGCCAAGUGUCAUCAGGGUUUUCCGUGAUGUUUGUCAUCAGGAUUCUGAAACAUCGUGUUGGAUUAUCUUUGUUUGCCUUUCUUUAUGUCGAUAAGGACUUUUUAUAAAUGGAACAAGUUUGAUUUUAAUUAAAAAGUAAAAAUGGUUUGUGGACUUUUUUUCAAUAUUGUCUUGAAAUAAACUACUUUUCACUGCA